AUGGCUACGGAGUUUCUUGUUCUCUCUGUUGCCAUACUUCUGUUUUUCAAUGUUCGUAGGAGCGCCAGCUCAAUUGAACUGGGAUCCAGCAUUGUGGCUGGAAGUGGUACCAAUUCAUCUUGGCGAUCAUCCACCGGUGAUUAUGCUUUUGGAUUCUACCGUCUUGCUAGUGGUCACUAUCUUGCUGGAAUUUGGUUUGACAAAAUUCCAAAUAAAACAUUGGUUUGGUCUGCAAACCGUGACAAUCCAGUUGAAAGUGGAUCAUCCAUCAAUCUCACACGAAGUGGCCAGUUUGUGAUCCAACGUCUCAAUGGGGUUUCAUCCCCCAUCUACAAAGGAGCAGACGCAGCUUCUGCGACGAUGCAGGAUGAUGGGAAUUUCGUCUUGAGGAAUUCACUUUCCAAUGUUAUAUGGCAGAGCUAUGAUUCACCCACUGAUACUCUUCUAUUAGGCCAAACUUUGAAUACGAGUCAGACUCUCUACUCCAAUGCCAAUGGAUCAGUAGACUACUCAACGGGACAAUACAGUUUGGAGAUCCAACAAGAUGGCAACAUCGUUCUUAAAGCUUAUCGGUACACGGAUUCUGCCUACUGGUGGAGUGGUACCGCCCAAAACACAGGUGUGAGAAUUAUUUUUGAGAACACAACAGGUUUUCUUUACGCGGUCAAUUCCACCCAACAAACUAUAUCUAACAUCACGACUGAAGUAGUGGGUGCAGUCGAAGAUUACUAUCAACGUGUGGUGGUGGAUGACAAGGGAAACUUUCAGAAGUUGAUUUACCAAAAAGCAAAUGGAAAUGGGUGGAGAUCUGUGUGGCAGGCCGUGACAAAACCCUGCACCGUGACUGCACUUUGUGGGGUAUAUGGUUUUUGCAAUACAUCUGGUUCUGACACCCUAACAUACACUUGUGAAUGCUUGCCUGGCUAUACUCCUUUGGAUCCAACUGUACCCUCCAAGGGGUGCUAUCUCGCUGAGGUCAAGGACUUGUGUCCUGCAAAUUCUUCUGCCUCAAACUUUAAGGUGGAAGUGAAACAGAUUCAAGAUGCUGAUGUACCAAACGCUGGAUACUUUUUUCUUGAUCUAGAAGUCUUAGAUGGGAUGAAUUUGGAAAGCUGCACGAGGGAACUGAUGGAUGAUUGUCUCUGCAUGGCUGCUGUUUUAAAUGGCACUGCUUGCCAUAAGAAAAAGUGGCCAAUUAUAAAUGCCAUAAGAAUCAUCCCUGACACUAGUAAUCUUGUGAUGCUGAUCAAAGUUCCUCCGGUUGACAACAUGGAUAAUAAAAACGAUUCAUCGUCUUUGCUUGUUUUGAUAGUUGCUCUCGUCUCUUGCUCUCUACUUGCUGUACUGUUUGCAGCCACUGCGAUUUACCAUCACCCCGUUUGCCAGCAUCUCAUGCACAAACAAGCACCACCAAAGCCAAAGCCUAUGGAUAUCAAUCUAAAGGUAUUUUCAUUCCAACAGCUGAGAGAAGCAACUAAUGGAUUCAAGGAUAGACUUGGUCGAGGUGCCUAUGGCACGGUGUAUAGUGGGGUUUUAAACAUAGAUGAUCAACCAGUUGAGGUUGCUGUCAAACAACUGGAGCAAGUAGAAGACCAAGUUGAGAAAGAAUUUGUGACAGAAGUUCAAAUUAUUGCUCUCACUUAUCAUAGAAAUCUAGUUGGUUUAUUGGGCUUUUGCAAUGAGCAUAACCAUAGACUUUUGGUUUAUGAGAAAAUGGAAAAUGGGACACUAUCCAACUUCCUUUUUGGAGGAGCUAAACCCAGCUGGGACAACAGAGUUAGGAUUGUGCUUGAAAUUGCAAGAGGCUUAUUGUAUCUACAUGAGGAGUGUGACCAACAAAUCAUCCAUUGUGACAUAAAGCCUCAGAAUGUUCUGCUUGACUCUAGUUUCACUGCAAAGAUUUCAGAUUUUGGGCUGGCAAAGCUGAUAAUGAAAGAUAAAACUCGAACAAACACAAAUGCUAGAGGUACAGUGGGAUAUAUGGCACCAGAAUGGCUAAAAAAUGCUCCUGUUACUACAAAGGUGGAUAUCUACAGCUUUGGCGUCAUGUUGCUGGAAAUCAUAUUUUGCAGAAGGCACAUUGAGUUGCAUCAAAUUGAGGAUGAAACAAGGGGUGAUGACAUGAUACUCGUAGACUGGGCUCUACAUCUGGCAAUAGAAAACAAUUUAAGAUCCGCAGUGAUUGAUGAUGUUGAAGUUGAAGCUGAUUUCAACAGGUUCGAAAGAAUGGCAAUGGUAGGUUUAUGGUGCAUAAAUGCCAAUCCAACUCUUCGACCAUCUAUGAAAAUGGUGGUACAAAUGUUGGAAGGAAACAUAGAAGUGGCUGUUCCACCAUUCAACUGA